CACAAAUUUUGUUGCACGCAUGCGCGUUUGCUUUGUUAUUGUCGUCUGAAAAUGAUGGAAGAAAUGGUAGCAGCUGCCUAUACAUAUGAACCAGGAUUACUUGAACAUGAAGGGUUCCCAAAGACUGAACAACCAGUUUAUAUACUGGGGAAAUCUUACAGCACACUAUACGACAUGGAUGAACUGAUGAGUGACAUAAUGUCUAGACUGUGGUUCACCUACAGGAGAGGUUUCAGUGCCAUUGGAGGUACAGGUCCCAUGUCAGACCAGGGCUGGGGUUGUAUGCUGCGUUGUGGUCAGAUGAUGGUUGCCCAGGCACUGAUACAUUUACACAUUGGACGAGAUUGGAUGUGGGACAGAGACAAACCUGAUCCCACAUACCUAAGGAUACUAAAGAUGUUCCAGGAUAAGAAGAAUGCCUGUUAUUCCAUACACCAAAUAGCUUCAAUGGGCGUGUGUGAAGGAAAACCCAUUGGUCACUGGUUUGGCCCUAACACCAUUGCUCAAGUAUUUCGCAAGCUGUGUGUCUACGAUGACUGGAGUCAGAUACGAGUCCACAUUGCUAUGGACAAUACUGUGAUUAUCAAAGAUAUAUGGACAAUGUGCAAAGAACCAGUGCGGACAGAACAAGAUGGUGCUUUGGAGGGUUACAACCACAAGUCAAAGGAAAUGACAGUGAACCUUAGAAAAAUACAUCAAACAAAAACGUCAAACUUUUCACAAAAUGGACCUUCUUUACAAAAAUCCAAAGGGAAAACGCACCAUGGUCGUGACCCUCUAUCUGAGGAUUUUAAGGAUGAUUUGAAUGGUGAUGGAAAUGGUGAAAGUGAUAGUCACUAUAAAGGAGCAAGCUGGAGGCCAUUACUGUUGAUCAUUCCGCUGAGACUGGGGCUGUCAGAAAUCAAUUCUGUGUACUUGGACAGUCUUAAGGUGUGUUUGACACUACCCCAGUCAGUAGGAAUCAUAGGGGGAAAACCCAACCAUGCCCACUGGUUUGUAGGAUAUGUAGGUGACCAAAUGGUGUACCUGGACCCCCACACUACACAGCCUUAUGUUGACCUGGAGCAGCCUGAUGCUUCUGAUGAAUCUUAUCACUGCCCUUAUGCCAGCAGAAUGAAGAUGUCACAACUGGAUCCCUCCAUUGCUGUGGGAUUCUUCUGUAAGACUGAGAAAGACUUUAUAAAUCUCUGCAGUGACAUAAGAAACAACAUCAUAAAACGCAGUAAGACGCCCAUGUUUGAGCUCCAUGAAGUGAGACCAGCGCAUUGGCCUCCUUUUGAGCCUUACGAAGUACAACCAGGAACAAAUUCUGAAUUCACAGUGGUGGAUGACAGGCAGUAUGACACAGAUGAAGAGUAUGAGCUGCUGUGAUCAAUGUACCUGUUGAGAGAGAGAGGGGGGGGGGAGGCAUUCUUUGACCAGAACCUGGUUGUCUUGAUACCAGGGAGGAGAUGUAUGCCAAGAAAUAACAGACGGUGCUGAAUGCAAUGUGUCUAUCACUUUCGUGGCCUGAGACAAAUAUUUUUAAAAUCAACCGUUACUGUGAUUUUUAAUGCCAGAUUUGAAAGAAAUAUUUUAUCAGUGGUUAAUUUGUUUUCCAUGAAUAAUUUUUUUGAUCAUUAUGUUGUUUAACCAGCAUAUUGCCCUUAAUAUACAUUACUGCUUAUAACAGUCAUCAUUGUGGUAUGUACAUUUUUUCCCAGAGUGUAAUUGUUUUUAAGAGGUUUAAGUUUUAAGAUCAAACUUAUCUGUUAUACAAGUGUGACAUUAUGUUUUAUGAGGUCAAAUAGUUCUGAGUCACUGGCAGAAAUGGGAAUUUUUUUAAAAAUAUACCUAUUGAAGCAUUGGUCAGAAACAUGUUACACUUGAUAUGGAAUCCAAGGUUGUGGAAUAGUGAACCAAGAAAUCAAACCAUUAGUCUGUCUCCAAACUGUACAUGCCCCGCACUGGUCAUACAAUACACACUUUUUAAUCAUCCGAUCAUUAAGUGAGACGAUGAAAAACUCAUUUCUCUGCAAUUUGGUAGACUGUGUAUAGGUACAAAUAUAAUAACUUCAAAAU